UCGGCAGGAAAGGUCAAGGACAAGAUUUGAACCUCGUCCGAUUCGACCCUCUCCGAUUUACUGCCAGAAUAUCCAACCCGUGUUGCACAUCACCGUCCACCACAGCACAACCGCCACGAUGAGACCUACGCAAGCUCUUAUGGGAGGACCCAGCGUCCCUCACGGAAAGUACUCUCACUACCUCGGCUGGUGGGGACACAUUGGUGGCGAGAAGCAGAGAGGUAUCAUCACCUACGGCAUCACCCCCAACCGUCAGAACCCCUUCGCCGGCGCCGCCCACGACGCCGUCUUCAACACCUGGCGCCGCUUCAGCCACCAGGUCCUCUACUUCCUUCCUCCUCUGGUCGCCGGCUGGUACAUUAUGGACUGGGCCACCCACCGCAACCACUACUUGAACUCCAAGCAGGGCCGCGCCGAGUUCAGCGACCAGGAGUAAAUGUUCUUUUGGAAGAAGGCGGACGACGGGUGCUAGAGGCGGACAACGAUUCCCUGUGUCAAAACACGUGUAUAUCAACUACGUAGAGGGGGAGACAUGGAAUAGAGCCCCAUUUGGACGAUUUAAGCAUAUCACAUACUCUAUGACUGAAGACGUAUUUUACAUGGCCAGAUGUUGACUCGUUUCUCAAUUCACAACGGAACUCCCUGGGGCAUGAAAACAUUGAGGCGAGUGCCCGAGCCGACGAUGUCGAAACACCUUACCCUGCGUUGUCAUGCCGCCGACUACAUAACUUCCAGUCACUCAAUUUGAAUCUAUCAAAAGCAUUUAGCCGA